AUGGCAAUGUCCUUUUACAGAUCCGUCGAAAUUAUGUUUCUGUGCGGUGCGCUGUUGCUCAGAGCGCGGUCCGACGCAUUCCUGAUACAAAGUCUAGGGCAAGUUAAAGUCAGCGCAUUAUGUUCCUUCAGCUCCUGUAGCCUUGUAAGUACCCGUUGCUUGGGGAAGAAAGACGAUGAUGACUAUUCUCCCCAAAUUGAGUUGGUUGAAGAGGAAGACGAUUACGAAAGAGAUGAAGACUGGACUCCGGAUAGAGAGAAAUCGAAACAGCGUCGUCUCCAAGCUCGGGUCUACGCCGAAAGUGUUCGACAGCAACAAGAAGCACCUAGGUCCGCUCCUGCAAAAAUAACACCAGACAAAUUGCGAGAGGAUGAUUCUACAAGGCCAAAGGCUAGUCCCUAUACCGAGGAGGAAGAAGACGUUAUUGCUGCCAUGGGAGGCAAGACGUCUAAUCCAAGUCGAAAACGAGAGCAAGGAUUCUUAGGUGACUCGACAUUAAAUGAGAUUGCGACCGACUACGGUGUCCCGGUUUGCUAUCUAGCAGACGUAUUGUGUAUGUGGGGUGUUCCCGUACCCAUUCAAGUCCAUGAUCGACUGGGGGACUUGGUAACGGGGGAGCAGGCGUUUUCCAUCCUGGAAGCCAUCAAUUCGCUUGAUAUUUCUGCCUUGCACGAUCGAUAUUCUAAUCACAACUUGAUACAGCUUUGUGCCGAGUACGAUAUCGAGUUGCAGACAGCGUUUGAGAUGGCAAUGAAAGAAGGCUGGAGUCUACCGUUUGGCGUCAAUACUUGCUUGCGAGUAGAGCAGAGCGACGAACUUGUUCGG